AUGACAACGCACUGGAGCACACCCGACAGCUGCACCUGGACGUACGAUAUCAACCAAACCUUCAAUAUUGGAACCACCGGUGCCAUUGCGUGGUUAGAUCUGGAGCCCGAUGUUGAUGCGAGCACCGUGUCAUGCUAUCCCGAUGGAAUGUUCUACGGUGGACGUACGGGAACCUUCAGCCCCGGUACCUGCCCCAAUGGCUGGACGACAGUGUCUGUACGGAAAAAUACCAAUGAGCCCAAGUCGCUGGCGACAACCACGGCCGUGUGCUGCUCCUCCGAGUACUCGCUUGACGGGAGCAUUUGCAAGCGCGAAAUACCCACCGCCCUUGCUGUGCCUAUCGUGUAUAAUACGACAGAUGGUACACACAAUGUCCUGUCCAAGGAGACGUUGACCCUGACCAGCGCUACCUUGGCUGUCUGGACAAUCAAUGCGCUCUUCCAGGAAGUUGAUAAGGACAUACUGGGGCUGACCGACGAGGACGAAAUUCGAAUCAUCGACCAAUCUGAUAAAGGGGGGCUGUCACUGGGCGCCAGGAUUGGCAUCGGCAUUGGCGCGACCAUCGGUGCGUUUCUAGCCCUUGGCGUGGCCCUUUGGAUAUUGUGCAGGAGGAGAAAGCGCUCAAGCAGGGAGCGAUCUCAAGCAGCAAUGGUUGAAGAUGCUCGCCUGUCUGCCAUUAGGCAAAGAGGUCAAGGAUCUGAACCCUUUGCGCCUGCCGACGGGUUUAAGGAGAGGACAUCCAUUGAAGGAACAGGUGGCGGCAGGGACUCGGAUGGGGAGAUCGAUGCGCUCAAGGCGCAACAGGAAGCGAUUCAGCGCCGCAUCGAGGAGCUGGAGAGGAGCGCCUAG